ACCGAGAUAAGUUGGCAGCGAUUGUGAUAGCCCAGGAGUGUCAAUAUGUAAACAUCAUACUUUCAUAUCUUUCGUAGAAUGUAUUGGUUCCCUCACAUUCCAGGAUUCUUUCUUUCUGCAGUCUAUUAGAAUUUUCAUUUUAAUUCUAGAUACAAAAAUCUGAGCUUUUUUGUACCUGUAAGAAUCUAGUCAGUAGAAAGAAUACAAUACUCACGUCAGUAGUAAAAAAAAAGUAAAUUAAUCACUAUGACAGUUGAUUGUCAGUUUGUAACGUUGUUAUUUGUUCGUAACGUUUAUAUAUUUGGUAAUAUUUAUUUUUUGUAAGCAAUAUAGGAUUAUAAUUGCAUAAUAUGUCUAAUCAAGUGACAAAUGAUUUAAAUGUGUGUGGGGUCGAGCAACAAUCUGAAACAGGCGAUGAACUUGCAGAGUUCAAUAAAACCCUGUCAAUGAGCUACGAAGUGCUGCCGUUGUUUGAACGUCAGUACAAUGCCUUCGUGCGUACGCGACAGUACUCCAUGAGGACGAACGAGAAGCUGCGCAGUCGGUGGCAUGACCGGCUGCUUGGUAAAUCCGACAGGGGCAUGAGGACGUUGCCUAAUGUCGUCAGCGACUACCACUUCCAUAACUGCUGUACCAAGCUAAUGGCGUCGCAGUCGCCAGCCAACUUCCCGACGUUCCGUCGUCACCUAGUGCCAGGGCCCGGCGUUGAUAAGUACGGCCAGAAACCUAUACCUGCAGACAUGAUGUUGAGGAAAUCCGAACGCAAACGUAAUAGUCCAGCUGGCAAAAACAAAGCCAAGACACGGGCAACGGAGCCAGUGCCGUAGCGUGAACAAAUCUAGCCGUGGGAGGCGAAAUCGCAUCUGCCAGGCCUUUUUCCUUCAAUGCGCGUAUAUAUUCCCAAAGCGUAUGAGAAAAUAAGGGCGCCUCCCACGAGGCUGUGGGCGAGGGGCCGCUUCGCCUACGCCACUGGAGAGAGCAACUGAAGCCGUUAACGUGUCUGUGAAAUUGUUUACGAUGUAUUGGUUGGUGGUAAACAUAAUAAGUGAAGUUAAAUAUAACCGACACGGGUGUGCCAACUACAUGUACACACACACUACCUUCGUGUACCAUGCGCAAUAAAGUCGUGUGCAUAUAUUAUUGGCACUUUGUCCAUGUCGAUAUUUAAUCCCUUGACCUAGCAGCGAGACACUUAUUUGAUCAAUUGUGGACCUUAUAUCCUUGGAAUAAGGAUUACGAAUCGUAAGUUAACUGUGUGCGCUGGUACCUAGCAAUAAGUAUUGUGGUAAUAUUCAGUUGAAAGUCUGUAUUGGAUACUAUAUAGGUAUGUAUGUAUUACUUUUGUAGCUGUAUUUAUAAUGUAAUUGUAAUGGAAUAAUAAUUAUUAUUAUUUUUGGUA